GUAAAAGAUUCCAGUAAAUUUACUGCUAAACUGGAUGCUGAAAAGGGUUUUUUCUGUGUAUAGAUGAAUCCUGCUACUGCUGUCAUUGGUAAUGUGGGCAGUGCCUGAAACUGGACCUGUUUGUCUGUUAGAUGCCCAUCCUGCUGGUUUCUGUGUCAGAGAUGCAUAUAUGAGCGGAAGGGAUCAGGUGUCGCUCUGUGAAAUUACAUGCACCCAUGAUGUCAGGAGCUCGACCCUCCCCUUGCUGUGUGGAGUAUGACUACUCAUUACUGGAGAGCAUUUGUCUACGUGGCACCUUGUGUGCAUUGUGGACCCCGCUUUUUGGGGACCUGAGCAGCAUUUUGCGGUACAGAGGAGGUGAGUGGUAAGAUGCAUGUGAUGGUGUCUCCUUCAGUCCCUUGCUCUGAAGUGGAGUUUGCACAAGAGCUGCACCAUAGCCAGAGCUGAGUAUUUCCUCCCUACGGGCAUCCUCUUCCUGCCUCUCCCAGCCACUUCCAGCAGCCAGGCUGAGUUACUGUAAUCCCCAGCUAGAGGAAAGACGUGAGCCAUUCAUGUAAAUUUUUUUUCUAAACAACAAGGAUAGUGUGAGAAAAGCAGAAAAGACCACUCAGUGCUAUGUGUGGACAUUUUUUAAUUCUUCUGCAGGAAGCAACGAGUACCAUUAGGUACCCCUUUGUAUCCAGGAAACACCAAUAUAAACUGGUUUGUCAGGGCAUUACAUGUGGAAAGUACUGAUUGUAUUUCAACAUGGUUCUAGUCAGUGCUGUAUAAAUAACAUUGAUUGCUUCUGAUUAGCUAAAUCUUCAGGUUAUUUAUCCUCUCAGGAUUCACACUGAGCUAGGCACUUACUAUUUCCAAUUGCACAAGCUCCCAGGGGAUCCACGGUGUGGCACAAGCAAAGAGUGAAGAGAACAGAAGCCAGGAUGGCACCAUCUCUCCAAUAAGUUGUGUUUGUAUUACCCAACACAAAAAAAGUUUGUUGUACUGGUGAUGCAAUGAUUAUCCUCCAAAGGAAGAGCUAAGUUAUCUUUUCUUGUGCACACUUGUAGAAUAGGUAGACUAGACUGAUAUUUGCCUUUCUUAUCCUUGCAGAGGAGGAAGAUGUCAUAUGACGGAAGUAAGCAGCAGUACUUCAUGUUCUCUUCGUGUGGCAUAAUGAUUUGAAUGUGCUCAUGAUUUCUUGCAGUGGAGAUGGUGGAGUUUAGUUUGCGUGUGUUCCAUUAAAGAUUGAGAACCACUGUAGGUGAAGGGAUUUUAUAGAGUAGAAUAGAGCAAUGGUGUAAGACAGCUGACUGACAUGUCUUGUUUUAGCCAACCAUGAAGAGAUGCCCUGUGAGUAGCAGUAAUGGUGAGGUCUGGGAUAGAUAUUAAUGUGCUUCACUGGUUCUGUAAGGUAACACUUAUGAAAAACUCUACUUUAAACUACUCCUUGCAGAACUUACGUUACUGUUUCUUAACUUACAUUGUAACCCUGUUUUCUUCUGUACGUACGAGUCUGUGCUACCCGUGCUGCUGCUUUUAAGGUUGAAUUCAGGAUGGCGCUGCUAGAAACUGCAGAGCUUUGUCUGGUGGUGUGAAAUGCUUUGGAGUCAGCUGCAAGAUACUUCCUCCCUCCACAGAAAAUAAGAAACUCUUCUCUCUCAAUUUUACUGCUGAUAGACUGGCUGGAUUAGUGUUUACCUUGAUACUCUUUUUGUACUAUAUGAAAGCUUUGGGAUUUUUUUGGCUGAACAAUUUGUGACCAGUGAUUUUGUAAAGGAUUUUGCCUUCUGUUUUAAAACUGCAAGAAUGUAUGUCCUUGUGAAUGUAGAUAAAUUGAAGGGCACUAGGAGAUGAGGAUUAACAAAUUCAUGGUUUUAAAGGGAGUGUAUGCUGGGAUGGUGGGUGUGUCAUUGUAGGCAGGCAAAUUCUCAAAUCCUAUCUGACUCAUAGAAGGCUGUACUUAUGCAUUAACAAGCAAUGAGCUGCACAACUGUGUUGUUCUUGGAAACUUCAGCUGUAAAAACAAGGCCAUAUCUGAGCUGAGACAGCCUUCUCUUAAGACAGAUUUUUUCGUGGCCUGUUUUAGCAAGUAGAAGACUUGUGCAUAGCUGGUGAGCUCAGACCUUGCUGCUGUAAAGAUGUGGAGUUUUUACUGGUAUGCUCUUCUUAUUUGAAAGGAAUACUACUUUUAGACUAUGAAUUUAGAGGAUGUAGUGCAUCAGAAGUAUAAUAGUAGAAAUCAAAGUUGCUAUGAUGACUAUAAUUAUAUUAAUUCCAGUGAUGACUUGUAUCAGUAGCUUGCUGUUUAGCGUGGUUAAGGCAACCUGCCUUGGGGAUAACUUCUAUGAAGUUGCUAGAAAACCAACACCAGACACUUAGGAUGUUGGUGUGGAGUAAAAGUUGCUACAAUGUGUUUUGUGGUCAAACAUAAUUUUUUUGCCUCUAGAAAUAAGAAAUUAUGAAAUUCUCACUACUUCAUUUGCUGCAACUACGAGUGUAUCAUGCUCAGCCUGAUCUGUUUUGUUUAUCCUGUCUAUUAUGUGAAAUGCACACAGCAUAUUAACUAAGACCAGCCACCCCUCCUCCAGCUAUAACAUAGACAUUACACCAGUGUUUCCACAUUCUAGGGACAUUUGGGGCAACUGGGUAGCUGAUAAGCUUAAUAUCCUUUUUUCCCCCUAAAUCUGAAAGAUGUUGACCUAGUUUACAGACAUGAAUCAUGUAUAAUGAUAUCAGUACCUCCUGAUGGGUGUGUAACAAUUCCACUGGUUUAUUCUGUUUGCAGAUGCUGUGACAAUGGAGUUAAGCUGCGCUGAACUACCUCUUUAUAGCACAGACACUCUACCCUUGAUCUUCUUAGGAAAUUGAAAUAUCCCCCUACUUUCUUUGCUGCAACCAGACUUUCUGCCAUGCUGAGUGGAAGUGAUGAAGUAUAUGCAAACUGCAUGGUAGUAGACCAAACUGGAAAUUUAAAGACUAACUACGUUCAUGGAGAUGGUGUCAGCAGUGAAAUGUGUCUGAAUCCCACCAGCUCAGUCCCGAUGGCUAAGAGCUCUUCAUCUCCCUCCCUUGAAGAGAAUGAUCAAUAUAUGUAUGUUCCAAAUGAAGGAAGUCAAAGACCAGGAUUAAGACAUACCAUUUCACGUUCUCAUCUACAUGUAGCAGAUUUGUAUCUUCCAUUCAAGACCCAUGGAUUUAUUAAAGAUCGGGGCCAACUUUAUGCUGACAUGAAAAGAAGUUCAAGUCUCGAUGACCUUGAAGUAGAUGGUGGAAGUGGAGGUGUUUUGGACAGAUCCCAUGUUUAUUACCCUCCCCUCGGCUCUUCAGAGGCCAUGGCUUCUAGCAGAGAUGGAUUAGAUUUAUCUACCAGUCUGCAACCCAAGGAAUGCACAGUGUUUGGGAUUCGGUCACGCUCCUAUUCCUGCUCCUCACCCAAAGGUUUGGUAGGAAGACCUCGCAUUCCUCGGGACUUUGCAGUUCAGGAUUCAAAUCAAGAGCGAGCGUACAGUCUGCCCGAGCAGUCCCGAGAGAAAAAGUACGGGAUUCAGGAGGAGGAAUGGAAUAAAUAUAUUGUACCCUCAAAAAAUGAGUCUGAAAAAUGUAAAGUGAGUCGGACUUUCAGUUUUCUGAUGAACAGAAUGACCAGCACACGAAAUAAAUACAAGACAAAAAAUAAAGAUACCAAAGAUAAAGAGAAACUUAACAGACACAAUUUUACAAAUGGAACCUUCCCAGGAGUUAUGCCAUGUAUGGUCUGUGAAAAGGCCCUCCUAGGAAAAGAGUCACUGCAGUGUUCUUAUUGCAACGUGAUUGUACAUAAAAGCUGCAAGGAGCACGCUCCUGUGUGCACCAAGAAAUCCCAGGAGAGGUACCGUAAUAAAAACAAGCCCCAAUCUGGUGUAACAAAUUCCUUGCCUGGAGACAUUCCACAGAUGGUGCUCUCCUCGGUGCAUCCUUCUUCCUCUGUGCCUAUUGGACUCUCUUAUGGAAAGAGGGAAGCCUCACAACAGUCCUACUUCUUGUCUAAAAGUGUCCCCAGUGCUAGUUUUGAAAGAACACCUACGCAAUUUUCUGAACAAGACUCUGAGACUAGCCCUUGGAGGUACAAGUCACAGUCCGAAGAGAUGUUACAAGCAUUAGGGACCUUUUCGUCAAUGGAUGCUUUUAUGGCGGAAGAUGAUGUGGAUUUGUCUCAGUGGACUGAUCUCCGCACAGAUGCAGAAGAGUUUGAGGCAGAGUCUUGGAGUCUUGUUGUGGACCCAAUAUUCUGCAGCAAGCAAGAAAAAGAUGUCAUCAAGCGUCAGGAUGUCAUAUUUGAGCUGAUGCAAACAGAAGUACAUCACAUCCAUACUCUGCUCAUUAUGUCUGAAAUAUUCAGAAAAGGGAUGAAGGAAGAACUGCAGCUCGAUCACAGUACAGUGAACAGAAUAUUCCCCUGCUUAGAUGAGCUACUGGAGAUGCACAGGCAAUUCUUCUGCAGAAUGAAGGACAGGCGGCAGGAAUCAUGUGAGGCAGGGAAUGAACGUAAUUUUGUCAUCAGCAGAAUUGGAGACAUCCUUGUGCAGCAGUUUUCAGAGGAAAAUGCAACUAAAAUGGAGAAAAUAUAUGGAGAGUUUUGCAGCCAUCAGAAAGAAGCUGUUAAUCUCUUCAAGGAGUUGCAACAAAACAAGAAGUUCCAGAAUUUUAUCAAACUGAGAAAUAGUAACCUGUUGGCACGACGCCGAGGAAUCCCCGAGUGCAUUUUGCUCGUCACCCAGCGAAUCACCAAAUACCCUGUUCUGGUUGAAAGGAUAUUGCAAUACUCAAAAGAAGGAACAGAGGAACAUAAAGACCUGUGCAAAGCUCUUUGUCUAAUUAAGGAUGUGAUUGCAGCAGUAGAUUUGAAAGUGAAUGAGUAUGAGAAAAAGCAAAAGUUGUUGGAAAUUCUCUGCAGAACUGAAAACAAAACAUACACAAAGCUGAAAAAUGGCCAUAUCUUUAGGAAGCAAGACUUGAUGAAGAAAGAGAGGAUACUUCUUCAUGAAGGUUUAGUGUACUGGAAGACAGCGACUGGUCGUUUCAAAGACACCUUGGCUCUGCUUCUAACUGAUGUACUAUUGUUCUUACAAGAAAAGGAUCAAAAGUACAUCUUCGCAGCUGUUGACCAGAAGCCUUCAGUUAUCUCCCUUCAGAGGCUUAUAGUAAGAGAAGUAGCCAAUGAAGAAAGAGGGAUGUUUCUGAUUAGCGCUUCAUCUUCAGGGCCUGAGAUGUAUGAGGUCCAUACGAACUCCAAAGAAGAGCGUAACAACUGGAUGAGGCAUAUUCAAGAUGCAGUGGAAAGUUGUCCAGAGGAAAAAGAAGAAGAAGUAAAAAUGAAUGAAUCUGAUGAAGAUAGGCGUAUUGCUGAGGCCAAAGCAUACAGAAUUCAGAAAUAUCAAGAGUUGCUGAGUAACCAGGACCAGCAAAUCUGCAAUUAUUUGGAAGAGAAGUUGCACGUGUAUGCAGAACUGGGAGAUAUGUGUGGGUUUGAUGAUGUUCGUGUAGAACCUCACCUCCUUAUCAAACCUGAUUCAGGAGAAACUCCACAGGCUGCUCCAUUGCUGGCAGCAGCACUCAGAGAAGUUGAAAGUCUCCAUGAAGCUGUCAUAACAUCACAUGUGAGCCAAACAGACAGAUCACCAGAGGAAAGUAUUGAGGAAAUAAGUGUGAAGCAUAGAUUUACUGCCAAUGAAAUCUUGGAAUCUCUUCUGGAUGAUGCAGAAAUAAAAGAAGCUGCAGAAUCAUCAGAAAUUGAUCUCGGUGUUGAAAAGGAAAUGGCAGGUGCCAAUCUUGAGAAUAAGGAAGGAAGUAUGAAUUUCAAAGGAUAUACAGGCACAGAAAUUGUACAAGCAAUCCAGAACUUAACCUGUCUCUUGUACAGCAUACAGGCAGCACUGGCUAUCCAGGACAGCCACAGAGAGCUCCAUAGGUUACUCCUGCAGGAGAAUGAGAAGACUGGUCGGGGCCAUGGUUCUCGGCUAAACGUCCUUUUGGAGCAAGAAAAAUAUCGGAAUCUGGAAAAGCAAAGGGUGGAACUGGCCAACAUACACAAAUUGAAGCAGCAGUUUCAGCAAGAGCAGCAGCGAUGGCUGCGUGAAUGCGACCAGCGGCAACGGGAGUGGGAGGCACAGGAGGCCCGUCUGGGGCAGCGGGAGCAAGAGUGUGGGUGCAAGGAGGAGCUGCUGGAAAGGAGCCAACAGAGACUGGCACUGCAGCUUCAGGAGUACCAGCAGAGCCUGGAGAGGCUCCAGGAGGGCCAGAAGAUGGUGGAGAGAGAAAGAGACAAUGUGAAAAUGCAGAAGAAACUCCUAUGGCACUGGAAGCACGGUCAGCAAAGCAACCUGUUUUCAUCCAGAGUGGUCAAUGAGAUAAUGGGAUGUAAUCAACUGGACAGCUUAAAUGGUGAAAAUGAAUUCUACUUCAAUGAAGCUGUAGUAUGUGUGUCUUUAAGGAGUCUCGACAGAUCAGAUUCUUCUCUCGUUUGUGAAGAUGGUGUGUUUGGGCUGAAUAUCUCAAAUUCUGAUGUAGCAAGGACUAGUGAAAAUCAGGCGGACCUCAAAAUGGACACUUCUUUUCAGCCAGCAUUAACCAGUGCACUGUGGAAAUCCACUGGUCCUUACCAGCAUGUGUCUCUUUCCUGCAAAAACAACAAGGAUUCCUUUAAUAAUGAUCUGAACACAUCACAGACCCAGGGUCCUGAAACAAGCAUUCCAAACAAGGGAUCCAUCCAGUCGCCACAAGUGGACGCACUGGUGCUGAGCCGUCAGCCUGAGAGCCUGCAGGACACAGAAAGUGGAGGCAGAGUAGAAGAGAAGAUUGUUUACCUCUGAUGGCUUGUUUUCUAAUCUCAGUAGCACUUUGGAAAUAUAACCAUGUUUGCUUUUCUAAGUAUCUGUAGCUGCUCUCUGUAUGACCAGCUGGCUUUAAGGAUAGUGUUUAAUAUUAAAUGUAAAUUUUUUCCCUUGAUAAAUACAGCAAUUAAGUUAUUUCGAAGCCUUUGUCGUAUAACCUUUAAUUUAUGAUUUAAUUUUAGCUGCUUUGCAAGAAGCAAUGGGUAGUAGGAGAGACAUUUUGGAAUUGCAAAGAUGUCACCAGGAAUUGGGAAAACUAAUGUUGAUUUUCUCAUGAGUCCUCUUUUUAAAAGGACAAACUAGGAGAGACAGGCCUGCUGUUUGAGAUUUGAGAGUGUGUAUCAGUAACCUUCUAACAGUUGUGAUGUAACAUGAGAAGACAGCAAUCUAAGAAUGAUGGCUAUAGUCUUAGCUGAAAUGUGCCAUGUACACUUCUCUGUUGGGUCAUUUUCUUUAUCCCCUGGCUCAGGAACUGUUCAGCAGAAGAUGUUUUUUAUGCAUAAGUGUAAGUGUUUGUUCAUGUCCCAAAGCCUAUCAUCAUUAUGGUACUAGUGCCAGUUUCUGUGCAGAGAUGCAGUAAAUCCGUUUGUUAUUGUAUUAUAUCUCAUUUCAGUAAGUGCCCUUAUGCAUUAAAAGUUACCAGAUGAAACCAUCUCACUGGUCAAAAGACAAGAAAGGGAGGAAAUAGUAGGCUUCUAGUUAACUGAACCCUUCUGAAACUCCACUGCUUUUCCAUGUAGGAGCCAGGUAGCUUUCUGCUUUCAGGUUCCUGGGGUUGUCUGUGUGUUAGGCAGUAAGAAACCAGGACCUGUUUCAUGCCUUUUCGUCUUUCAGAAAUAUUUGUACACUUCUGUCAAAUUGAAUAAAUUUUCUGUGUGUUUCUGCAAAA